UGUACGUUGGGAAGCCACGAUUUCCGGCAGUUUUCAUUCAUUCACGCACGCGCACUUAGAGAUGCUAAUGUCCUUGUAUGACCCAGUUUACUGAUCACACUCCUACGAUUAAGAAUUACGCGUACAUAGCUCAAGAUGUUCAGACAUCUAAUGGUCCUCCGUCAUGUCUCCAGACGGACCAUCAGUAGCACUGCGCGCCGGCAGUCGGGGAACAAGGUCCCAGAGUGGCAAAGGACGUUCCAGGAGGAUAAUGGGCUUCCAGUUCAUUUGAAAGGGGGGGCCAAGGAUGCUAUCCUGUACAGGCUCACAAUGGGACUCACCCUGCUUGGAACUGGAUCUGUCAUGUACCAGCUGAUAGGUGCAGCAGUUCCCAAGAAGAACAAUUGAUUUUUUUCUUUUUCCAUUCUGUCCCUGUCUUGAAAGGUCUCUUAAAUUUGUAAAGAAUGUCUUAACCAUCAGGGAACAUUUCUGUUGUCAUGCUGGAAAUUUAACCACAUGAAUGGGAUCAACUAUUUAUCGACUGUACUGUAUAUGAACGGAAAAUAAUAAAUCCAACAUUACAUUACCACA